UUCCCCCUCUCUACCCCCCCUCUCUCUCUCUCUCCUCUCUCCCGUUCAAAGUCGUCGUCUUGCUCUCGAGCUGCUUGAUUCGAUUCUUAUCAAUCCACCAUCCUCCGUAGCUGCAGGUCCGAUCGUGGCGGUUAUGCCAUCGGCAGCGCUGGCUGCCACGCCGGACUCUCCGUCGCCGUCGCCGCACCACUACCGCGGCCGGUUACGCUCGCCGCUGGCAAACGGCGGCACCAAGGGGAACUUCGAGCUCCGGCACUGGCGCACGCCGCUCAAGCGGGCUCCGUCGUGCCCCCCGCCGGGGAUCGAGAUACCCAGCAACGACGACGAUGGCAGCGGGAACGGGUACACCAGCCUCCGGGACAUCCUAGCGUCGCCGCGGUACACGGGGGCAGGGAGCUCGCCGGCGGCCUGCGUCAUCGGUGGCGCCGGCAGCUGUGGGGACAUACACAUGAUACGCCACCCGCUGGUAAAACACGCGGCGUACGCGUACCUGCAGAUGACGCCGUCGGCGAGGGAGGACCCAACCCGCCGGAACCGGCGCUGGCGCAGCCCGCUCUGCCGCCUCCUGUUCGGCUGCCUCAGCUUCAUCGGAGCACUCUUCCGGCCGUGACUUCUCCUGACGGCGCACCUCCAUGCGGUUCUUGUUGCACCUCCGUGAAUUCUCUUUGAUUUCUCUUUUCUUCUUUUCUUUUGUGCGAUUAGAUUCUUUUGUAGAGUUUGCCGGCUUAUGUUUGGGUUGUAAUUUGUGUGAAUAAUUUGGUAGGAUUAGACACAAAGAGGAAUGAUAGCAACAAGAGAAAUGAUUAAUGUCAUACUACUAACAAAGCUGAUUAGUCGUCAUGAACUCAUGAUUGAUGCAAUAAUGGAAUGAUCAGAACACAAGCAUGUGGAGGAAAACAAUUGAAGUAAAUUGAUCCGGAAAAAAAGAGACAAUAAAUUGCUGUCACCACAAGUCUACAACAUGCUUCAUUCAUAUCUCUUCACACUGGGUUAAUUGCUGGAUUGUUUUUCUAUGUACUAGAUUUCUUCUUUCAAUUUGACCUUUGCUUGAAUCAUUCUAUUUCUAUGUACACAAUCAUUUCCUUACACCGGUGUAAAAUUCCAUCCCUCUCCUCUAAUAGUCCUUGUCAUUAUGAGCUCGCCGGGGCUUAGGGUUGAUGGCCGCGCGCAGAACUUCAGCGACAACUGCAGCAUCAGGGUUGUCAAAGAGAGAUUCCUGCGGCGGCGAUGGCGGCCGACGUUUAGUCGCAAAGGGACUCCAGCUAGACUUCUUAUUCCUCUGCUGAACACGCACAAUCAGAAAAGAGAUGAAACUGCUGUCAAUACCACUUGUGCUCAAAUUGUUUCCAGUGCAUUGUAUCUUAUCAUAUGAUUCGUGCACGUGAUUUCUAUAGCUGACAGGCAGGAUGUUCAGGAUAUUUAUCAGAUAACAACAUACAUACUUGAUUA